AUGCAAGCGGAUGGGGCGAGGCGAGGAGUGCGGCCGGAGCGGACGGAGCGAGGUGACGAGGGCAGCUGGAGUGAGGAGGAUGACGAGGGCGGAUGGCUGACUCGGUGCACGGGCGGUGAAGGCGAGAGGUGGGAUGACGCACGGCCGGCAGGCAGUGGCAUGUGGGUGCCUCCUACCCGCCCUGCUGACCACCCACUUGCUGGCGGCACGCGAGGCGAGGCGGAUGGAGCAAGGAUGGCGUGA